AUGACUGAAUACUGGAACCUCCUGUCUUUCCUGGUGGCCAUUCAUGAGGUCAACCAGAAUCCCAGUCUAUUGCCCAACAUCACCCUGGGCUACAACAUCUAUGAGAACUAUUUUGAUGCAAGAAUGACUUACGAUGCCAUGGUAGAUCUUAUUUCUCCUGGGCAAGCAAAUGUCCCAAACUACAACUGCGGAAGACGGAACAAGCUGUUGAUUUUUAUCGAAGGGGCUGACACAGACACCUCCAUCCACAUUUCAGCUCUGUUGGGCGUCUACAAAACCCCCCAGGUCACUUAUGCUCCUGUUCAUCACGUUCUUGACAAAACCCAGUUCUGUCUUCUCUACCGGAUGGUUCCAAAAGAAGAACCCCCCUACCUGGGCAUUGUCAAAUUGCUCCUGUAUUUCAGAUGGACGUGGGUUGGUCUCUAUGCUACAGACAAUGAGAACGGCGAAAGGUUCAUAAAUACCUUGAGACCUGUGCUCAUCCGAAAUGGCAUUUGUGUUGCUUUCUCACAAACCCUCCUAAAAGACCUUCUUGUAGAAGUAAGAUUGAUCGAUGUGUGGCUACAGAAGUAUUCAUUUUCCACCAACAGAGCCAAUGUCUUUGUUUACUAUGCAGCAUUUUAUUCUGAUGUGGAUAUAACAAGUCUGCAGGUUGUAUUAAACAAAGUUGGGAACCCCAUUUCUGGGAAAGUUUGGGUCACAAUAGCGGCGCCAUAUACCAGCUUGACCAUAGCUUUCAAGUUCUAUCUCACACGUCUCCAUGGUUAUUUAUCUUUCUUCACCCGGACGAAGAAAGAAACAAGACGUCAUGGCAUGCCAAUGUCACUGUUCCUAUGUUGUGGUCCAGUUCUGGAAGAUGGAUUUCACUGUUCAUAUUCAAAGGACGCGUCAUCUGUGAAAGGCCGGGAACGAUGCACAGUGAAAGAGAACCUCAAAGGUUUACCGCAGGAGCUCCUCGAAAGAAGUGUGUACCAAGACACCUACAACAUUUACAACACUGUCCAAGGCAUAGCACAGGCCUUAAAUGCUGCCUACUCAUCUCGAUCCAAGAAGACAGCGUUGAUGAGUGGAGGCAGGUUGGAAGGUGAAAGGAUUCCACCACUGCAGCUUUACCGUUUCCUGGGAAACUUCCAGUUUUACAAUACCACCAUGGACGGAGUGUAUUUGGAUGAGGACGGAGACUUGGCAGCAGACUUUGACAUUGUAGACUUUGUGUUACUUCCCAAUAGAACUGUUUUUAUGGGAAAAGUUGGGAGUUUAGAGAGACAUCGGUCCUCAGACGUCACACUCAGCAUUGAUGAUGGUGCUAUGGUGUGGCCUCUCUGGUUUAAGAAGAUGGUGCCUUAUUCCAGAUGUAGCCCAAGAUGCAGGCCUGGAUCCCUCAAGGUGAUUCAGCAAGGAGAGCAACCUUGCUGCUAUGACUGUUUUCCUUGCCCAGAAGGAACCAUCUCCAUCAAAGAAGAUGCAGACCUUUGCACUGCAUGUUCUGAAGAUCAGCAUCCAAACAAGGAACGAGAUCAAUGCAUCCCCAAGGUUAUAACCUUCUUAUCAUAUGGAGAAAAUGUGGGCAUCAGUCUGGUUUCCAUUGCUGUAUUUUUGUCCUUAACCACAGGCUUUGUUUUAGGAAUCUUCAUUAAAUUCCUAGAAACUCCCAUAGUCAAAGCCAACAACCGGGACCUCUCCUACGUUCUCCUCAUAUCUCUCCUGCUUUCCUUCUUGUCCUCCUUCCUCUUCAUUGGCCGGCCAAGGAAAGGGACCUGCCUCCUCCGACAAACAGCCUUCAGCAUCAUCUUCUCAGUUGCUGUCUCUUCUCUGUUGGCCAAAACGAUCACUGUGGUGUUGGCCUUCUUGGCCACAAAGCCAGGGAACAGCAUGAGGAGAUGCUUAGGAAAGAGCUUGGCAAAUGUUAUUGUUCUUUCUUGCUCCAGUGUCCAAGUUGGACUUUGCACCAUCUGGCUGGGGACCAAUUCUCCCUUCCCUGUUUCUGACAUGCACUCCCAGCCUGGACAGAUCAUCUUGAAAUGCAACGAAGGUACAGAAGCACCACGUGAAUACUGGAAAGUCCUGUCCUUCCUGAUAGCCAUUCAUGAGGUCAAUCAGAAUCCCAGGCUGCUACCCAACAUCACCCUGGGCUACAACAUCUAUGAGAACUAUUUUGAUGCAAGAAUUUCUUACGAUGCCAUGAUAGAUGUGCUCUCUCCUGGGCAGGCGAAUGUCCCAAACUACAACUGUGGACGACAGAACAAACUUCAGAUUUUUAUGGAAGGGACUGACUCUGAUACCUCCAUGCAGAUUUCAGCUAUGCUGGGCAUCUACAAAAUCCCCCAGGUACCAAUGCACAAACACUUGUCAUCUACAAAGCAUCAACAUUGGCCAGAGAAAAUGCCACAAGUCAUACUGGGUUGGAAGGAGUGCCAUUCCAACAAUGCUUACCUGGUCCCAUAUUCUCGUGUGGCUAGAAGGCACAUGUAG